CAAGGCCUGAAGACAAAGAUAUCAGCAAAGAAAAAAUAGAGAAAAAGAGAGAAAUUAAUGGACUCUUCCAAUAUUAUUCGUCUUAUUACUGUUCUUCUGUUUUGCCUUUCUUCAGCUUUGGUGGAAUGUAGAGUCCGAAACUACAAGUUCGAUGUGGUAAUGAAGAACACCAGUAGACUAUGUUCGCCAAAACAAAUCGUCACCGUCAAUGGUAGAUUCCCUGGCCCCACACUCUACGCCAGGGAAGAUGACAAUGUUCUUGUCAAGGUCACUAACCACGUCAAAUACAACGUUAGCAUCCACUGGCAUGGAGUUCGACAAAUCCGAACAGGUUGGUCAGAUGGGCCAGCCUUCAUCACACAAUGUCCGAUCCAACCAGGACAAAGCUACCUCUACAAUUUCACGCUCACAGGGCAGCGCGGAACCCUACUUUGGCACGCUCAUAUUCUGUGGCUCAGGGCAACCGUCCAUGGCGCUAUAGUCAUCCUCCCCAAGCGUGGUGUGCCAUAUCCAUUCCCCAAACCACACAAGGAAAUUCCUGUUGUAUUAGCCGAAUGGUGGAAAUCGGAUACCGAAGCUGUCAUCAACGAGGCUAUGAAGUCAGGAUUGGCACCAAACGUGUCCGAUGCUCACACUAUCAACGGCCAUCCGGGGCCCGUUUCGACUUGUGCUUCACAGGGCGGCUUCUCGUUACCAGUCGAUGCCGGCAAAACAUACCUUCUGCGCGUUAUCAACGCUGCGCUCAAUGAAGAGCUGUUCUUCAAAAUCGCAGGCCACAUACUAACCGUCGUAGAAGUCGACGCCGUCUACGUAAAGCCCUUCUCCAUCGAAACCAUCGUCAUUGCUCCGGGACAAACCACCAACGUUUUAGUCACCGCAGACAAAAACUCCGGCAUAUACUUAGUCACCGCAUCUCCCUUCAUGGACGCUCCAAUCACAGUAGACAACGCCACCGCCACCGCAACUCUUCACUACACCGGAACCUUAUCCAACUCCCCCACAACCAUCACCACCCCACCUCCCAAAAACGCCACCCAAGUAGCCAACAAGUUCACAGACGCUCUUAGAAGCCUUAACUCAAACACCUUCCCUGCAAAAGUCCCAUUAACCGUUGACCACAAACUUUUGUUCACAGUAGGCUUGGGGAUCAACCCAUGUCCGAGUUGCAAAGCAGGAAACGGAAGCAGGGUCGUUGCCAGCCUCAACAACGUAACCUUCGUUAUGCCCACCACGGCCUUACUCCAAGCCCAUUACUUCAACAUCAAGGGAGUUUUCACUACUGACUUUCCCGCAAACCCGCCGACCAUGUUCAACUUCACUGGAUCUCCGCCGUCGAAUAUGGCGACUGUAAGCGGAACCAAACUUUACCAGUUGUCGUACAACGAUACGGUGGAGCUGGUUUUGCAAGAUACUGGUAUUGUAGCACCGGAGAACCACCCGGUCCAUCUUCAUGGGUUCAAUUUUUUCGUGGUGGGUCGGGGACUUGGGAAUUAUAACGCGAAGAAUGACUCAAAGAGUUUCAACCUUGUUGAUCCGGUUGAGAGAAAUACAGUUGGGGUUCCCGCCGGUGGCUGGGUCGCCAUUAGGUUCCGAGCUGAUAAUCCAGGAGUAUGGUUCAUGCAUUGCCAUUUAGAAGUACACACAACAUGGGGCCUUAAGAUGGCAUUUUUGGUGGACAAUGGAAAAGGGCCUAAUGAGUCAAUUUUACCACCUCCAAGUGAUCUUCCAACAUGUUAAUUUUAUUAUAUUUUUUCUAAAAAGAGAAAAAUAUGACAAGAGCAAAAAAAAAUGUUUAUAUAUGUAGUCUAAAGAAGAGAGAUCUCCAUUCUCCAGCACAAGAAAGAAGAAGAAGAAGAAGAAGAAGAAGAAGAAGAAGAAGAAGAAAAAGAAGAAGAAGAAAUAUGUGAAAGAGGGAAAAUUAUUAGAUAUAAAAUAAAUGGGAAAAAAAGAAAAGGGUCAUACAAACUUAAUUCCAAUUAAUUUCUUGAGUGAAUUGGAAAAAAUUCGCUUGAGCUUUUAGAUUGUUUGAAUAAAUUAAUUGCUUGAGCAUUUUGGUUUCUUGAAUUAUGUAUUAAAAAACAAAACAAAAAAGAAAAAUCUCAAAGGACUUGUGUAUUUUGAGAUAUUGAGUAUGUGCAGUAUUUUUUUAAUCAUGAAAAAUUAUUGGGAAAAUUUGAAUUUUACUUUUUGUUCGAUUCAUGUUGUUUCUA